CAGGUAUCCGAAACUCAACUGCAUCUCAGCGAAUAUUUUCAUUUUCAUUUAUCUUUAUUGGAGAAAUCACGUAAAUCGUAAUCCUCUUAUCAUGAUGACUUUGAGGAAAAUCCUGCUUGUGUCUGCUCUUGUGGGAUGCUGUUUGGCUUUACCUUCUGGUGAUGAGACAACACCCACUCCCGUCAAGGAGUGUAAGGGGCAAGAAGACUGUCAGAGUCAUGAGUGUUGUACUGCAUCGCCAUACAGAAAUACAGUAGCAACAUGCCGACCCCGGACACCAGAAGGUCAAUCAUGUUCUCCAGACCAACAGCCGACAGAAACUGGUGGUUCUAUUUACUUCGCUCAUUGUCCAUGUGAACCAAAACUCAACUGCGUCCGAGAGCAAGGCCUUUGUGUUCGAACAUAGAUUUUUAAUUUUUUUUUAUUAAGAAAAAACUCGAAAGUUAAUUCAGUAAUGAAAUCGUAAAGUGCGACCAUUAAAAUCUAACAUUCAAUUAACGAUUUAUUUCUAAAACUAUCAAUUCCAGGUGAAAACAUCAAAAGACGUUUUUUGAAGAUGAUUGAAUUCCCGACGAAAAAGGUCAUUUGCUAUUUUCCUCUAGAAUCAAUAGGUUUAGCGAUUAAUCGAUAUUCAACGAAACCGUGAAAUGGGCGUAUCAUCGAGGGAUUAUGUUGUCUAUUGUUGUUUUAUUAUAUAUAAGAAUAAAUAAUGGUAAUUGUUGUAAUAAAAAAAAGUUCAAAGCUA